UUUGCUUUCACGAUCUUUUUUUUUUUCAAGAGGUGAAUUAAUGCGAGCAUAUAGCACGAAUCUUACUUCACUUGAUUUAGACCAGUCGCACAUUGUCAGGUUUUUAGUGGGUUCUGAAACUCCUGCUUUCGUCACCUGUCAAGGUUCUUUUUUGUCAGUGCGGUAUUCAACUUCUUAUAAUCGAGUUAAAAAGCUGCGCGGUUUGUGGGGAUUCUCCAAGAAGUGGAGUGAGUAUGUCCUGUUAAAGAGUGAGGAUCGAUCCUGGAACUUGCUUUUUGUUUGUUUGGUUGAUGGGAAAGUGAAGGAAAAACAGAAGAAAAGUAUAACUGCUUGUUAGCGGAACAAACAUAUGGCGACACUUGGUGAUAUAGGAGUUGCAGCAACUAUCAAUAUACUCACUGCAUUUGCUUUCUUUUUGGCAUUUGCUAUUCUUCGGAUUCAACCUGUAAAUGAUAGGGUCUACUUUCCGAAAUGGUAUCUCAAGGGUUUAAGGAGCAGUCCACUUCAUGGUGGAGCACUUGUGAGCAAGUUUGUCAAUGUGGACUUCAGGUCAUAUGUGAGGUUUCUGAGCUGGAUGCCAGCAGCAUUGCGGAUGCCAGAGCCUGAGUUAAUAGAUCAUGCAGGCUUGGAUUCUGCUGUUUACUUGAGGAUUUAUUUGAUAGGGCUUAAAAUUUUUGUUCCAAUUGCCUCCCUUGCAUUUGCAGUCAUGGUACCAGUUAAUUGGACCAAUACGACCUUAAAGCGUUCCAAUUUAAUAUACAGCAACAUAGAUAUGCUCUCUAUAUCAAAUAUUCCUACUGGAUCACGUAGAUUCUGGACCCAUUUAGUAAUGGCUUAUGCUUUCACCUUCUGGACAUGCUACGUAUUGAAAAGGGAGUAUGAGAUUGUGGCAGCAAUGAGGUUGCAUUUUCUUGCAUCAGAACAACGGCGGCCAGAUCAAUUCACCGUAUUGGUUAGAAAUGUGCCUCCAGAUCCUGACGAAUCAGUUAGUGAACUUGUGGAACAUUUUUUUCUUGUCAACCAUCCAGAACACUAUCUCACACAUCAGGUUGUUUAUAAUGCCAACAAACUCUCUGAAUUGGUCAAUAAGAAGAAAAAACUGCAGAAUUGGCUUGAUUUCUAUGAACUUAAAUAUUCAAGACAUCCAUCUAGAAAGCCCUCGUUGAAGACUGGUUUUCUUGGCCUCUGGGGGAAUAGAGUGGAUGCGAUUGAUUUUUAUAUAUCCAAGAUUGAUAGACUGACUAAAGAAAUAAACUUGGAGAGAGAUAAGAUUUUGAGCAACAGUAAAUCUGUCAUGCCAGCAGCAUUUGUUUCCUUCAAAACUCGAUGGGCAGCCGCAGUUUGUGCACAAACUCAACAAACCAGAAAUCCAACUCUAUGGUUGACUGAGUGGGCACCAGAGCCUCGUGAUGUUUAUUGGGAUAAUCUUGCUAUUCCAUAUGUUUCACUUGCAAUUAGAAGACUUAUCAUCGCUGUCGCAUAUUUCUUCCUGACUUUCUUUUUCAUGAUUCCCAUUGCAUUUGUACAAUCCCUUGCAAAUAUAGAGGGCAUUGAGAAAGCUGUGCCUUUCCUAAAGCCCAUAAUUGAAGUGAAGGUCAUUAAGUCAUUCAUUCAAGGUUUCCUUCCAGGAAUUGCUUUGAAGAUUUUUCUUAUUUUUCUACCCGAUAUAUUGAUGCUAAUGUCCAAAUUUGAAGGGUUUGUUAGUCGAUCAUCCCUGGAGAGGAGAUCUGCUACUAGAUACUAUAUUUUUCAAUUUAUUAAUGUAUUUCUUGGGAGCAUAAUCACCGGAACUGCAUUUCAACAGCUAGACAAUUUCAUGCACCAGUCAGCAAAUGAUAUCCCAAAGACAAUCGGGGUCUCAAUUCCAAUGAAGGCAACAUUUUUCAUAACUUAUAUAAUGGUUGAUGGGUGGGCCGGAGUCGCUGGGGAGAUUCUGAGGUUGAAACCCUUGAUAAUCUAUCACUUAAAAAAUUUCUUCUUGGUGAAAACUGAAAAGGAUAGGGAGGAGGCAAUGGAUCCUGGAACCCUUGGUUUUAAUACUGGAGAACCUCAAAUACAACUUUAUUUCUUACUUGGUCUUGUUUAUGCUGUGGUGACCCCCUUCCUUCUUCCAUUCAUAAUAAUUUUCUUUGUGCUGGCAUUCGUUGUAUAUCGUCAUCAGAUUAUAAAUGUCUACAAUCAAGAGUACGAGAGCGCUGCAGCAUUCUGGCCUGAUGUCCAUGGACGCAUCAUAACUGCCCUGAUUGUCUCACAGUUACUACUAAUGGGAUUGUUAAGCACAAAAGAAGCUGCUCAAUCAACACCUCUGCUCAUCACACUUCCAAUACUAACCAUAUGGUUCCAUAGGUUCUGCAAAGGGUGUUAUGAACCUGCUUUCGUUAGAAAUCCUUUACAGGAAGCAAUGAUGAAAGAUACAUUGGAACGUGCAAGGGAGCCGAAUUUCAACUUGAAAAGCUUCCUGCAAAAUGCUUAUAUCCAUCCAGUUUUCAAAGGGGUAGAAGAUGAUGAAAGUGAUCCAGCUGUUGAGGAGUUUGAGGAGGAACCUGUGCUCAUCCCAACCAAGCGAAAAUCGCGAACAAAUACUCCAUUGCCUAGCAAAUAUAGCGGUUCUUCAUCACCCUAAGUUAAUUUUCACUGACAUUCUCAACCUUAGAAAGUUUUUUUAAGUAAACCUGAGGCUAGAACAAACUUAAGACGGGUGAUGCUUGGACUUCGGAUACACUAUAAAUGAGAUAGAUCAAAGCUGAGAAAUAUUACAAUGUGCAGCAACAAGUAAAUGAAAAUGGAUAUUAGAUAAUACUAAAAUUGUACGAUUCUCAUGUUAAUUUUAACAUAAAUUUUUUACCUUUGACUCGAUGUAAUCCAACAA